AUGCUCAUGUUCGAUUGGCUGCAGGAGAAGCUGGCGAAGCGAGAGCCGAUAGAGCCGGAGGUGGCGCGCUACAACCAGGUGUCGGGCAUGCCGCGGUUCAAGGCGGCUGUAGCGCACACCGUGCAGCGCCUGCUGCUGCCACGCUGCCCGGGACUCGUGACACCAGAGAACAUCUGUGCGGCGGCGGGAGUGAGUGCUAUAGUCGAGCACCUGGCGUACACCCUGUGUGAUGCAGGCGAGGGGGUUCUCAUCCCCGCUCCCUUCUACCCCGGAUUCAUUGGGGACUUCCAGCUCAGAAACCGGGUGGAAAUCGUCUCAGUGGCCACAGCGGACCAGCGUCUCUUCCAGCCCACCCCACAGGACUGCCAAUCCGCUUUGGACGCAGCAGCAGCGAGGGGCGUGUGUGUGCGAGCCAUUGUGCUCACCAACCCCACCAACCCGCACGGCUCUGUGUGGCCCGAAGCAGCGGUGGCGGCGCUGGUGGCGUGGGCGCUGCAGGCGGGCCUGCAUGUGGUUGCGGACGAUGUGUAUGCCGCAUCCGUGUUUGGGGAUGACGCACCGGAGUUUGUGAGCGGGUUGGAGCUGGCAGAGCGGCUGGUGGCGGAGGGGAAGGCCUCUCGGGAGGAGGUGGAUGCGAGGGUGCAUCUGACGUACGGCAUGAGCAAGGACUUCACACUCAAUGGCUUCCGGGUCGGCAUCCUCUUCACCCGCAACCAGAAGCUGCUUAGGGCGCUAGGCAUGCUGAACCUCUUCUCGAUGGUCUCUCAGGACACGCAGUGGGCACUGAGUGCUGUUUUGGAGGAUGACGCGUGGGUGGACUCGUUUAUGGCAGAGAACAAGAAGCGGCUGCACCGCUCACACCGACUCAUCUGCAGCACCCUAGAGGAGCUUGCGAUCCCGUUGGUGCCAUCAGGAGCAGCCAUGUUUGUGUUUGCGGACAUGCGUCGCUUCCUCUCUGCGCCCGCCUUUGAGGCUGAGAAGCAGCUGUGGACCGACAUCAAGGAUGAGGCCAAGCUCAUCUUGGUGCCUGGUGAGCGCUUCUUGUCUUGGUGCCUGGUGAGCGCUUCUUGUCUUGGUGCGUACUAA